AAAAAUAAAUUAUUGUUGUUGCACAGAACGUUACAGCGCAAUCUCUCCAUUUACCUAAAAGUGGGAAUAAAUUAAAAUAAAAUACGUGACAGUGAUAAAAAUAAACGCAAAUAUUCAUUAGUUUGUUGAAUACAACAUUUCUUCUAAUUAACGUUUCUUUUUAUGCAUCGUAACUUGUGAUUAUAUUUUUUAUAUUCCAUUUUUUAACGUAAAUAGUUUCUGUGCACUCUUUCCAGUGUUUCCAGUAUAUACCUACGUAUUAGAAAUUAGAAGUAUUGAUUUUUCAGUUAUUAACCUGUCUUUUCUACCACGUGGGGCUAUUCUCGUUAAUUUAAAUGGUUAAAAACGAGCAAAAUCACUCAAAUAGUAUGGGUGACCAAAAUCAUAAUCAUAAUGAAAUGGAUAUGGAUCUUGAAGAUGGUCUUUCUGCAGAAGACAUGAUUAAUAAAGGAAAUGGACUGACAUACAACGACUUUAUAAUCCUGCCUGGAUACAUAGACUUCCCCCCAUCAGAGGUGGACAUUUCUAGCCGCCUAACCAAAAAAAUUACCCUCAAAGCACCAUUUGUGUCUUCGCCGAUGGACACAGUGACUGAAGCUGACAUGGCAAUUGCAAUGGCUCUUUGUGGGGGUAUUGGAAUCAUUCACCACAACUGCCUCCCAUCAUAUCAAGCAAAUGAAGUACACAAGGUAAAAAAAUACAAACAUGGGUUCAUUCAUGAUCCAGUGGUUCUGUGCCCUUCAAACACAGUGUCAGAUGUACUUAAAGUAAAAAAUGAGCACGGCUUCUGUGGAAUUCCAAUUACAGAGAAUGGGAAACUUGGUGGUAAAUUAGUGGGUAUUGUGACUUCGAGAGACAUUGACUUCUUAGACGACAUUAAUUUUGAAAGUAUUAAGUUAGAACAGAUAAUGACCAAAUUAGAGAAUUUAGUAACAGCUCAAUCUGGAGUAACAUUAACAGAAGCUAACCACAUACUUGAAAAAAGUAAAAAAGGAAAAUUACCCAUAGUGAACACCAAUGGCAGUCUCAUAGCUCUUAUGGCGAGAACUGACUUAAAGAAGGCCAAAAGUUAUCCCAUAGCUUCAAAGGAUGAAAACAAACAACUCAUCGUUGGAGCUGCAUUAGGAACUAGGGAAGAUGACAAAGCUAGGUUAGCACUUUUGGCACAAGCUGGAGUUGAUGUGGUUGUUCUAGAUUCUUCUCAAGGAAACUCAAGCUACCAGAUAGAUAUGAUCAAGUUCAUCAAAACCACUUACCCUAACCUCCAAGUUGUUGCAGGAAAUGUUGUUACCAAGAAACAAGCUAAAAACCUUAUAGACGCAGGAGCCGAUGGUUUGCGAGUGGGUAUGGGUAGUGGAAGUAUUUGUAUAACACAAGAAGUAAUGGCUGUUGGACGGCCGCAGGCUACUGCAGUUUAUAAAGUUAGUCAAUAUGCCAAGCAUUUUGGAGUGCCCGUUAUAGCCGAUGGUGGUAUUCAGUCUAUCGGUCACAUUACAAAGGCUCUUGCUCUUGGAGCUUCAACAGUCAUGAUGGGUUCAUUAUUGGCGGGUACUUCGGAAGCACCUGGGGAAUACUUCUUUUCUGAUGGUGUGAGGCUUAAGAAGUACCGGGGUAUGGGAAGUUUAGAAGCUAUGGACCGUAAAGAUGCAAUGGGAUCAGCGAUGAAUAGGUAUUUCCACAACGAAGUAGACAAACUCAAAGUAGCUCAGGGAGUUAGUGGCAGCAUUGUAGACAAAGGAUCAGUAUUGCGGUUUUUGCCUUAUUUACAGUGUGGUAUUAAACAUGGAUGUCAGGAUAUUGGAGUGAAAUCAUUGAAUGAUCUUAGGGACAGCAUGUAUACUGGCCAACUUCGGUUUGAAUUAAGAACACAUUCUGCCCAAGCAGAAGGAAACGUGCACAGCCUGUUUUCAUACGAAAAAAGAUUGUUCUAACAAUUCCAAUAAUCUUCCAUAGGUUUCAAACUACAUUUUGUACAACAAAUUAUACGGAGGAGAAAGAUUCCUCAUUAUAUUACUUUAUCUUGUUAAGUAUUUUAUAUUAGAAUAUGAUUAAUUAUAGUAAAUUACAAUUUUUAGGUGAAUUUCAGAGUCUGAAUAACUGUUGAGUCUGUUUUUCAGUAUAGAACUUGAGCCCACACUUAAAAAAAUAUUACCUUCCACAUGAGACUCUUUUUAUUGUUAUCCAUGUCCAGUUGGACAAGUUUUCUAUUUAGUUCUAAGCUUUGGUACGUUCGACAACUGGAGUACCCUUAAAAAUUUGUGGGACAAUAUUACCAUUAAAUUAUAAGUAUUUUUAUCCAACACUCCUGCAAAAAAUCAUAAUUUGACUCCAUAGUGUUCCCUCCAUUUGGGGGGGGGGGGGGUCACGCAUCAUAGAGUCAUAAAAUUUAUACCCUCACAGCUGAUUUUUGUAGGAUUGUUUGAUAAAAAUAGUUACAAUUGACUGGUAAUAUUGCCCGACAAAAUUUUAAGGGUACCGCCCCCCCAAGUACCCAGGUACCGUGUGGGCCCAAGAUCUAAUAGUGUCAUUCAUUUUUUAACUUAAGUCUUUCCAUAAUCCCUUUAAGUUAGUGUUAUAAAAGGGUUAUUUAAACUACUUAUCUAAAAUGAUUUUGUUGAAUAGACACAACUUAGCUGUCAACUUCAAAUCAGUACCAUUUAUUGCAAUCAUUUAUUUAAAAAAAAUAAAUUUUUCGGUUUAUUAUUUGUUUACUUUUAUUCCAUUUUUUCUUUACCAGUUUAAUUUUAUCUUUUUAUCUAUUUUGUUUUGGUUCUAUUUCUUUAUAUUGCACCUCCGCUCAAAGAAUGUCAUAAGUCAAAAAAGCAAAAUUUCGAGAAAACGACGUUUAAAGUUUGUCCUACAACAUUUUCGGGUUUAAUUCAAAAACUAUUAAAAUUAGAAUAAUAACUAUUGUAGUCAGUUAUAAUGGUUUUUGAAGCUCUAUAAAAUAGAGUAUUAAGUAGGUACAUUAAAAAUAUUUAAAAAAAAAUUUUGAGUUUGAGUGACACUAUACAGAUAAAAUAACGAAAAAUUUACGAAAUAUUAUUUAUCAAAAGUGACACUUGAAGUACAGAAUAUACGUGACAGAAAUUAUUAUUAUCUGGUUAACAGACUUGUACUUUUUAAUGAAGUAACUUUAAAUACAAAAUACUGCAAAAAGAAAGAAAUAAGUGAUAAAUGUGUCACUUUUCUUGAGCACAUACGCAGAUUGUUUUGAAUAAAGUAAUCACAUAUACUGUCUUAACUCGACAAACGACGCUUUAUACACAUCUUAGAUGGACAAAUGCUUUGCACAAGUCGAUAUGUGACACUGUUUGUGUUCGGUGCGUCGUUGAUUUUGGAUAAUCGUAUAAUGAAACUAGUGUCAUCUAAAGAUAAAUACUUGACCCACAGACAUGCCACUUUGUGAGAUAGGAGUUUAUAGUUUUAUUAAACUGUUGGUGCAAUAAAACCGAUUUUAAAAUUUUUUGAGUUAUGACUCGCUGAGCGGAGGUGCGAUAUUGUUAUGAAGCUAUUUUCUUGUGGCAUCUUAAUACAUCUUACUAUUUUUACUGGGAAUGAACCACAAUUUUAGUUUUAAAUUUAUUAUUAAAUAAAAAAUAUAUAUUUAAAUUUUAUAUAUUGUUUUUUGAACGAUUUCCGAAGUGGAAAUCGAAACGUCAAAAUAAACAUUUUAAACUACAAUUGUAGUUAAUUUCUCGUAAAAAUAGCAAAUUCGAUUUCUUUAUUACAUAUUUUUAAGUUUUCUUUUAUAUUAUAUGGAUGGUUUUCGAUAACGUUAAUUUAUAUCUUAGUUAUAACAAUAUUGAGCAUUUCAUAACUAUCAUCAUAUUUCAUUUUUGUAUCAAAGGUGCCACACCUAUACCUCCUGUAAUAACUUUUUAUUUUAUCCUUUUUUCGUUAUAAGAUUAUUUUUCUCAUACGUCGUAGCUCCUCCAUAAUUUUUUACUUCAGGGAUACCAUUAUUUUUGUAUAAUUUGUUCAUUUUAGAGAUAUUUUCGGUCUGAAAAUAUUAAUGUCAGCAUUGUAUUUUCAUUACUAACCACCAGGAUUUUGUCAACUCAUUACGUAGACAUCCAAAGUGUUCUACCCACACUCUUUACAUUUUUCUGUACAGACUAAGAUCCUGCAUUAAAUACUGCCCUCUCAUCCAGGUUAUUUUUCCGCAAUACGAAGUGCAGAAUAUACUUAAACAAACUUAUAUGGAAUCACUAUGUGUUUGAAACCUGCAGCCUAUAGGUGUAGGUGUAAAUAUUUUAAAAUUGUAUAAACAUUUUCAGUUUCUUUGCAACACGAAAAUCCAGCAGCUGCAUAAUACUCUGGUUAAAUCGGAGAGUGCAGGAAGAGUCUAUACCGGUUUCGGAGGUCUUUUCCCCUCAUCAGUAGUCCCAUAUCCUUGCAAAAUUGUCCCAAUUGCAAAGAAAGAAAUGUCACGGAUGAACUAGAGCCAUCUACCGAAAAACAAAGUUAUUUUGUGGCUCAAAUUCGAUAGAUGGCUCAAAAAACAAAGUUACUUUGUUUUUAGGUAGAUGGCUGUAGUUCAUCCGUGACAUUUCUUUCUUUGCAAUUCGGAAAGGCCCAAAGUGUGAUACCUGGGGAAAUCGGAGAGAAGAGGAUAUGGGACUACUGAUAAGGGGGAAAACUAGAUAGACUCUUCCUGUACUCUCCGAUUUAACCAGAGUAUUACGCAGCUGCUGCAUUUUCGUGUUGUAAAGAAAUUGAAAAUGUUUAUACAUGUUUAAUUCAUUUACUCUUUUGUAGGAGUAUUAAGGAAUCUUUCUUGUUGGAACUUUUACCACGCUGAGUAGAUGGGUUGUGAAUUAUUUAAAAUUCUCUCAUCUUAAUUUCCUCGGCAUCCUGUAUGAUUUAUAAUUUUUGAAAAUCUCGGGAAGUUGUAACCAAAGAAAGUAUUCCAUCUGUUGUCAAUCUGGUGGUAUGGGAACGAUAUUUAUUGUCGUUUUCUGUGCUACUUCGAUUACUUUGCAAAUAUUUUAGUUGUAUAUUGGUGUCUUCAACACCAAAACUGAAACAUUGGAAAUUGGAAAAGUGUGCUAUUCGUAAAAAAAUCCUUUAAUUUUCAUCCAACCAACUUUAAUAGCUCGCAGCUAUGUUGAUUUGGUUCUAUAACCUGUAGUUAGGCUCCUGAGAGACGCGAUGGAAAAAAAUUUAAUUUAUAGGCUAUUCCACGAAUAUACGACUGUUUUGGAUUAUCGCGACAACGAAUAUUUUGGUAGCCAACCACGGUACACGUACAGACGGUAUGCCGAUUUAGGCGCCUAAUUCCGUCCGUUUCGCGCACGACGUCAGCUUCGAGGAACCCACACACUUGCCACUUGACUUGCAGAUACAUUUUUACAUGCAUUUGUGAAAUUCUUUACACCUGAUAGUUUUACGGAGCGGAGAAUAUAUUUUGUUACUUUUAAUUAUUAUUAGACAUUAUUGAACGUAUUAAUAUUUAAUUUAUUAUUUGUAUUGUUUUUGGUAUCGUGUGGGUCUAGCAUAAAUUUACAAUGCCGAAUUGUACCGUAUAUAAUUGCAAGAACUGUAAUCAUACAAAAGGUACGAAAAUAAAAUACUUCAGCUUUCCAAAGACAGAUAAUUUCUCGAAAAAAUGGAUAAUCGCUUGUCACAGAGAAGAUAAAAUUAAUUUAAAAAUGUUAAGUUUGGAAUUAAUUCUAAAAUGCAUAUUUAUAAGAAAUUGAUAUAAUAUCAAAAAAAGUAAUAAGAAGAUAUAAAAAAAGAGCUGUAUUAAAUAAAUAUUUAUAUCUAUAAUAAUAUAUUUUAUGUACCUACCUAUAAGUAACUUUAACUUUUUUCAGUAACGAUUUGCUCACUACAUUUUGAAGAAAAACAUUAUGAAAUUCCUCUGAAACAAAGGCCUUUGAAUUACUCUCCAAAGAAUGCUCGUCAUUUAAAGGCUGAUGAAUCUCUACAAGGUUCAGUACCUACUCUAAACUUACCUGGAGGCUCAUCAAAUACUGACCUAAAGCGAAAAUCCGAGGAAAGAACACUAAGAAUCACAAAAAGACGACGUAGAGAAGAGGUUGAAGAUAUUAUAAAAUCAUCAAACAGUAUUUCAAGUUGUACAUUAGCACAUAAAAAGAACAUAGAAACGUUUACUGAGGAGUCACAGCUUCCAGAAUGUGAUGAACAAUUAAUUUCAACAUUAAUAGAGACAUGAAUAGAGCCCCUGACUGGAUACAAGCUGUCUCUAGAGGUUCUCUUUUACAUCCAAAUGAUGAUUUGUGGGAAGUGGCUCUGAAACUGGAGACGGAGUUCCAUAAGAUGCAUGGUAACUCUUUAUCUAAAGAGGAAACAUUUUUCACAAAUUAGCUGAUAUAACAAUGUUACAAAUAACAACUACAUCAGUGCCUUACGAAGUUGUCCUUUACUUCGCUAAAACUCGAAGUUAUAUUAGGCUACGAGAGUUAAAUAGAAAAAUUAGUUUAAAAAUGCUCAAAGGAGCCUAGAGAAGAAAAUGUCAAAAUUAACCAAUUUUAAAAUAUAAUAGUAUUUUAUUUUUUUUUGUUCUCUUGCAAUAAAUUACAGUGUAACUUCGAUAAAUCGGAUUAAUCGGGACCGUGGCCGAUCCGGCUUAUCGAAAAUCCGGGUUAGCCGGAGAAUAUGGUAAAAAUUAAUAAAAUACUGUAUACUUACUGAUAAACUCCAUUAUUGUUGCAAAAAUAUGAAAUACAUGUGCACAGUACAUCUAAAUUACGUACAGUUGUAUACAGUAUUGUUUCUUCUUCUUCUUUACGUGCCAUCUCCGCGACGAAGGUUGGCAAUCAUCAUUGCUAUUCUCACUUUCGACACUACAGCCCGAAAGAGUUCAGUUGAGCUGCAUCCAAACCAUUCUCUGAGAUUUCUCAGCCAGGACAUUUUUCUCCUACCUUUGCUGCGCCUUCCUUGAAUCUUUCCACGGUAUUGUUUAUUUCUUGGUAAAAAAAUUCAGUCAAAGUGAAAAAGUGUUUGUUUUGCCUGAUGAAAAUCGGUCCGGGUUAGCCUGACAGCCGGACUUCUCUGUUAUCAGAGGCCCACUUAUCGGGGUUCCACUGUAUUCUAUAAAAUGUCUGCAUUUUUUCUUUCCUUGCAAUGUUUUCUUUUCUUGAAAAUAUUUUUUAAUAACCUGGCAAUUUAAAAGAGAAAACAUUUCAUGAUGUUAUUAAGACAAUACUGCAAAAAAGUAUUUAUAGUAUUCUUGAAUUAACAAUCAAGGCUUAUUCUUUUUUGUCGUAUUUCCUCGAGAAUAAUUUUCAAAUACAUUUUUAAUGAACAACGUUUAGGUGGACAAAUUUUAAAUCCCUAGGAAUAAUAAUAGUACAUACAACUAUUUUAUCUUAUAAUCAUUUUUAAUCAAAAAAUCAGACGCUAUCAUUUUAAAUUCGAUAAAACUGGAACGUAUCUCCUAAAAAUGAUAUGCAUUUACAAAUCAUUCUCCUCACCAGUGACGUCACAACAGCGAGAGAGAUGCGCCUCUGCAUACCGUCUGUACGUGUACCGUGGUAGCCAACAGUAGAAGUACGAAAGUAAAUUGCUCUAAUUAUUUUUCCAAUAAACAACAAUGUAAUUUGUAAAUUACUUUCCCUAUUCAUAUUUUGCACAGUAAAAUAUUGGUUGUCGCGAUAAUUCAAAACAGUGGUAUAUUCGUGGAAUGGGGUAUAGCAUAAAUUCGCUUAUAAUAAUAAAAAAUAUCAGAUGAUUCCAUAUAAGUUUGGUUGAGUGUAUUAACAUUUAUUAAUAUGUAGCCUGUAUGAUAUAAGAGAUAACCAUACAAACAUUCAAAUUUGUUUUAUUGUGUUUUGGGUCUUUUAAAUUAAAACGGGGAACAGUGAUAUGAGUCAGAUAUGAGUGAACAGUGAAGAGUCAGAUGAAUGAACCCCAGACAACUACACUGGAGUGCAAAAUUAACCGGACACCUUAAAAAUGGGUCAUUUUUGAUGUCUCGCAUUUCCUAGACUUGUUGUCCGAUUUAAAUGUUAUAGCCUUAUUCUUUAACAAUAUCGCUGUAAUAAUAUUGUUGCUGAACAGGUAAAUUUUCACUGUAUACCGGGUGUACCAAUGAAACUGUUUUUUUUUCUCAAACUUAGCAUCACCCUGUGGAAUAUUCUAGCAUGUAUAAAAUACUCGCAUUAAAACCCAACCAUAGCCUCAUGUUUUUUUAACAUUAUGUUGUUUGAUUCAUUCGCUUAUGUUGGACCAUAAAAAAGUUAGGUACUUAACAAUUAGCCAUGUUUUUCGUCAAUACAGGGUGUUUUUAAAUAAAUAUGGCAAACUUAAAGAGGUAAUUCUACAUGAAAAAAUAAUGACAAUUUGCUAUGUCCUUCGUUUCUGAUAUAGAGGGUGUUGAAAUUUUUCUUACAAAUUGACGAUUUAUUUAUUGCUUUAAAACCAGUUGAGAUAUGCAAAUGAAAUUUAGUGGGUUUUAAGGCGUAGUUAUUUUACAUUUUUUGAGAUACAAGUAAGAAUUUAAUAUUCACCAUUGACGCGCAUGCGGGUAAUAUGAGCCGUCAUAUUACCCGUAUGCGCUCCAAUGGUGAAUAUUAAAUUCUUAAUUGUAUGUCAAGAAAUGUACAAUAACUACGUCUUAAAACCCACCAAAUUUCAUUUGCUUAUCUCAACCGGUUUUAAAGCAAUAAAUAAAUCGUCAGUUUGUAAGAACAAUUUCAACACCCCUAUCUCAGAAACGAAGCAUUUGCGGACAUACCAUUUAUACAGCAAACUGUCAUUAUUUUCUCAUGCAGAAUUACCCCUUAAAGUUUGCCAUACGUAUUUCAAAACACCCUGUAUUGAUGAAAAUCAUGGCUAGUUGUUAAAGUACCUAACUUUUUUAUGGUCUAAUGUAAGCGAAUGAGUCAAAAUCUUGAGAAAACAUGAGGCUAUUGUUGGAUUUUAAUUUCAGUAUUUUAUAAAUGCUAGAAUAUUCCACAGGGUGAUGCAAACUUUGAGAAAAAAAACACAGUUUGAUUGGUACACUCGGUAUACAAUGAAAAUUUAACUGUUUAGUAACAAUACUAUUACAGCGAUAUUGUUAAAGAAUAAGGCUAUAACAUAUUAAAAGAUCACUUAAAUCGGAAAACAGGUUUAGGAAAUUCGAGACAUCAAAAAUGACCCAUUUUUAAGGUGUCCGGUUAAUUUUGCACCCCAGUGUAUAUGCCCACAGCCCAUUUCCACUAUAUAAAAGAUUCCCAUACUUGUACUUUGCUAGAAAACACUUUUAACACGUUGACGGACAGAACGUCUAUAGACGUCCAAUUUCCAUUGAUGGAAUGGGACACAACGUCUAUAGACGUUGCAUUUUUCCCUAUUCUACUAUGCAAAAUACAUAAAUAGUGUCACAACACUUGCUUAUACAUUUGACGCACUGUCUGUCAACGUGUUAAGCAACUGCUAAGCGAAGGAAAGAUAGAGGCUAAAAACAAGAAAAAUUGAAUCUUGACUAUCUAACAUCUCACCUGAUAAAACAAUGUAGUGUACAGUGAACGCCUACGCAGAAAUGCACAGCACGUUAAAAAGAAGAGUCUGUGAGAGUUGAUGACUUGUUGAUGAAGAGUUGAUGAAAGGAUGAUACGUGAUUUUUUCAAACAUCUUUUUUGCUUUUCUUCAUUUCUUGAUUUUUCUGCAUCUCUUGAUUUAGCUCCACAUCUCAAAGCUGGCAAAGAACAGAGAAUACGUAGCAUCUUAAUACUCUAGUUCUAAUUUCUAAUCCCAGUUUGCCAUUGCAUAAUACUGUUAUGGUGGUUGCGGUAGUUACCCCCGAUGAUGGGGUUGAUUCAGUUGAACACUAAUUACCAGACAUACUGGGUUGGGAUAAAGUAUGGAACCAGGCAAAUAUCUUUGAAACGAAAAGAACAAUAUUUAUGAAACUGUGCAUGCAAGUACAGUGACACAAAAAGCAUCUGUUGUCAUAUUUUUUGUUACUAUUCCACUUCCCGUUUCACCGGAAAUACCCCUAACUUAUUUAAUUUAAAUGGGACACCCUAUAUAUUUUUGCGGAUUUUAAAAAAACUUGUUAUUUUUAAUUCAUACAUACCAAAUUUGGUAGAGAAAAUUUGUUAAAAAGUGUCUGUAGAUAAUUUUUUGUAUUAAUAUAACGUAAUAGGAAAUAAACGAGUACCAUCUAUACUGUAGACUAAAAUUGUUGUUUACAUGCACUGCAUGACUUAUUUGAAUUUAGUAUAGUAGAUAAAACUGUUACUGAACUAAUUGACGGAAAUAAAAUGUAUUAAAAAUGGUUCUUUUAAGUGGAAAAGAUCGUAUUGAAAUAUUAAUGAUAAUAGGUUAUGGUGAAUCUUCAUUUUUUGGAAAUGAAUUUUCCAAAUCCAUGGAUUGGACGUAGAGGAUUCAUAGAGUGGCCCGCUCGUUCUCCGGACCUCAACCCGUUAGAUUUUUUUCUUUGGGUUAUCUAAAAUUACGUGUUUGCGUUAGGCGACCAACAUGCUUGCAGGAUUUGAGACAAAGAAUAAUAAUUGAUGAAUGUGAACUAAUACGUGGAGAAAUCUUGCAAAAAGUGACUCACGAAUUUAUUUAUAGGCUUGCACGUUGUCAGGAGGUGAACAGCAAACAUUUUCAAUAUUUGAAAUUUUUUUUUUAUUUUUAAUAUCAUUGGUCUUACGUAAAUAAAUUAACCUAUUUUUUAACUGUAAAGAGAUUUAUUUCUUGUUUUAAUAGUUUUUUCUUCCAAACUUGGUAUGUAUGAAUUAAAAAUAACAAGUUCUUUUAAAAUCUGCAAAAAUAUACAGGGUGUCCCAUUUAAAGUAAAUAAGCUAUGGAGAUUUCCGGUAAAACCGGAAGUGGAGUAGUAAAAAAAAAUAUGGCAUCAGAUGCCUUUUGCGUCACUUUACUUGCAUGCAAAGUUUCAUAAAUAUUGUUCUUUUCGUUUCAAAGAUAUUUGCUUGGUUCCAUACUUUAUCCCAACUCUGUAUAUUUAUUUGCUAUCACCAGAUAUGCCAGUAACGAGUUGACAUUGAUGUCUAAAUAAUGAAUGAUGAAUAAUGAAUAAUCUCUGCUUUACUUUCUCCGUAUCUAUAAAUAAAUCGUAAUUGUUUUGUUAUGAUUUCAUACCUGAAUGUGACCAUGAAAUAUUAUUAGUACAAAAUUGCUGACUCCGUUGUUUUUCAAAACGAGUGGUCUACAUUGCAGAAGCAAUGUCACCUACUUUACGAAAUCAAAACAAUGCGUGUAAAUAAUAUUUGUUUGAGACUUUUAAAAACUAAAUCGAUAUGGAUUACUCUUAUUUUUUUUUAAUACUAAUAUAAAUCCUGUACACUGUUUUCAUUUUAUUGAAGGAAAGAGCGUCGUUUUAUUUCGAGUCCGCGGUUGUAUUGUUCACUUAGCUCACAUCCCAAAUACUUGCAUCGGGGUACUUUCUCUACUUGUCCUUUAACGUAGAUUGUUUCGUUUCAAUCUUGUUCUUACUGACAAUCAUGAUUUUUGUUUUUUUUUUGUGUUCAGGGCCAUUUCAUACCUCUCGCAGUACUGCGUACGCGUAGUGCGAUCAACCAAAAUGUGCAGCCCUUCUCUGCUGUCCGCAAGGAGUAUUGUAUCGUCUGCAUAUCAUACCAGAAGAAGAACCAUACUUGACACAAAUUUUCACUUCGUUUGACCUCGUAGAGGAAGGGGGUUAUGACGAAGUGUACAAAGGUACACACAAAUACGAAAAUAAAUAAUAAUAUGUAGUCUCCCGUUUUUAUACAGCUAAAGCGACUUUGGGAUUAUAGCAAGGUAGUCUGCUAUAUCUAGGGCUUGCGGUAUACAAGGAAGGUAACAGGGCCAGUGCUACGCUUCAACCGUCUAUUAUUACCCUUGGUUUUACCCAAGGUACUCAUUUUAUUCAGGCUCAGUUUUUUAUAAGUUUAUAAAUAAUCAUUCAGAAGUUUUCUCAUUCAUUGUAAUAAAAAGAGGUCUUCGUUUACAGAAAAAUGUAAGGAUUGUUUAUGUAUGUGUAUAUUGAAAUGUGUUUAUAAUAUUUUAACAUUACUCAACAAAAUGUCUUAAUUAUUGGGAUAAGAUAUAUUAUUAAGUAGUCGUGUAUAUAUUUACCUGUCAGGUUAGAUUGGUAAGAUUUUAUUGUUUGUUAUUUUUAUAUUUGCUAUUAAAAAGUGAAGAUUGA